AUGAGCUCCUCGAAUCCCCAGGGUUCUCACCCGCAACCCCAAAUUCAAGCAUGUCGGUAUAAGACUGGGAAAACGCUGGGCGCAGGGUCAUACUCGGUCGUCAAAGAAUGUGUUCACGUUGAUACAGGAAGAUAUUAUGCCGCAAAAGUCAUUAAUAAACGAUUGAUGGCGGGAAGAGAACAUAUGAUUCGUAAUGAAAUCGCUGUACUCAAACGUGUUUCCAUGGGACAUCAAAACAUCCUCACUUUAGUCGAUUACUUCGAAACCCUCAAUAAUUUAUAUCUGGUUACCGAUUUGGCACUUGGUGGAGAAUUGUUUGAUCGCAUUUGUCGAAAAGGUUCUUACUUUGAAUCCGAUGCUGCAGACCUUAUCAGAGCAACACUUUCCGCUGUGGCAUACCUACACGAUCAUGGCAUCGUCCAUCGAGAUCUUAAACCCGAGAAUUUAUUGUUUCGAACGCCAGAAGAUAAUGCGGAUUUGUUGAUUGCCGAUUUUGGUUUGAGCAGAAUAAUGGACGAAGAGCAAUUUCACGUUUUAACCACUACUUGCGGCACACCAGGUUACAUGGCACCAGAAAUCUUCAAGAAGACAGGACACGGAAAACCAGUCGACAUUUGGGCAAUUGGUGUCAUUACAUAUUUCUUACUGUGUGGAUAUACGCCUUUCGACAGAGACUCUAAUUUGGAGGAAAUGCAAGCGAUUCUCAUCGCAGACUAUAGCUUUACACCCAUAGAAUACUGGCGAGGUGUUAGUCGAGGAGCUCGAGAGUUUAUCAAGAAAUGCCUUACUAUAGACCCUACCCAAAGAAUGACGGCCCACGAAGCAUUGACACACCCUUUCGUCACCGGCGAAUCAGUAUCAAAGGAUGGUAAAGGUAGCGAUUUACUUCCGAUUGUUAAGAAGAACUUCAAUGCUAGGCGUACUCUUCAUGCUGCCAUUGAUACUGUGCGCGCCAUUAACAAACUCCGCGAAGGUCAAGCUGGCAUGAUGGACGGUUCAAAGUCCAUGGAGCCAGAUCGUGGAGCCAGGCCUUUGAAUCAUAACAGUAAAGAUUCUGGGUUGGGUGGAAUGGGACCUGGAGAUGGAGAUGGAGAUAGUGCUAUGGAUGUUGAUUCAGGAUAUGGUACAGCAGGUACGAAUAAUGAUGAGCGUGAAAGGUUUAUGAGGGCUAUAGAAAGAAGCUCUGGUCAAGGUCAAACGGAAGCACAAAUCGAGGCGCAGACUAGGAAGAUUGCUGAAACGACAAAGGGUUUAUGGUCUGCAGGAGCGGCGAAGAUCUCGGGAAGAUGA